CGGCAUUCGGGAAAUACUUGUGACAGAGGGGUUUCAACGCGUCCAUCCGGCUUGAUGCGUUCAUACGUACAGCUUGGUCCAUCGGGUAUUAGUCUAACUGCCUCAACUCCUCUCUCCCGACCACCCUAAGGGCACAACUUCCAAUGAACCAGAGUCUCGUAAUUCAAUGUUAACCAUGGUCGAGGACGAUGACUUUAACUUUGAGAAACAUCUCAAAGACAUCCUCAAGCGAUGUAGUGAGGAAGAAAUAAAGUGUCGUCAGCUCGGCGUCGUCUUCAAUGACCUCCGUGUCGUUGGCACUGGUGCAAGAUCCUCUUUGCAACCCACCAUGGGCUCCUUAUGUAGUCCUGCCUCCAUCUGGCGCACAAUUAGUGCUGCUCGUCAUCCACCAGUACGCGAUAUAUUGUCAGGCUUCGAAGGUGUCGUUGCACCAGGCGAAAUGCUACUCGUCCUUGGCAAACCGGGUUCAGGUUGUAGCACCUUCCUCAAGACCCUCGCUAACCAGCGCGGGGAAUACCAUGCUGUAGAAGGAGACGUCUCAUAUGAUUCAUUUACCCCUCACGACAUCAGCACCCAUUACCGCGGAGACGUUAUUUAUUGCCCAGAGGACGACAUUCAUUUCCCUACCUUGACAGUCGAGGAGACCUUAUCUUUUGCCAUCAAAACUCGCACCCCCCAUACCCGUUUCGCUAAUCAGUCAAGGAAGCAAUUUAAUGCUGAAUUUUUGGACGUUCUCUUGAAAAUUUUUGGUCUUCGUCACGCUCGGAAUACUGUCGUCGGAAAUGCCGCGAUCCGCGGCGUUUCCGGUGGGGAGAAGAAACGUGUUUCCAUUGCAGAAGCAUUGUCUUGCAGAAGUAUGAUAGGCGCAUGGGACAACUCCACCCGUGGCCUAGAUGCCUCUACUGCGCUCGAGUUCGUUCAAGCUCUGCGCUUAGGCACAGACAUCGCACGUCUGACAACAAUCGUCUCCAUUUACCAAGCCGGAGAGCAGUUGUAUGAGCUUUUCGACAAGGUAUGUGUCAUUGCCGAAGGCAGAAUGGCCUAUUUUGGCCCGGCCAAAGACGCCCGUCAAUACUUUAUCGAUAUGGGAUACGAACCCCAUAAUAGGCAGACUACGGCAGACUUCCUCGUUGGUGUCACGGAGCAAAUUAGCCGCAAGAUUAGGACAGGCUUCGAAGGCAUAGUGCCCAGAACGGCCGACGAAUUGGCUGCACAUUUCCGGGCGUCUCAACUUGGCCAUCUGAAUCGUCAGGCUAUUGACGAAUAUCGGGCGCUUCAUGUUGGCAAGGAUGACCGCAAAGCUGCAUACCGCCUGAGCGCAAUUAUGGAGCAUGCUGAUCAUGCGCCCAAGAGCAACUCCUAUACCAUAUCUAUUCCUAUGCAGGUUAGGGCUGUGAUGGUUCGCCGCGUCCAAAUUAUCAAGGGCGAUUUGACUGCGCAGGUGGUACAACUAUGUUCCCAGAUGUUCCAAGGCAUCAUCAUGGGCUGGGUCUUUGUACAAUUGCCUGAUGCAACUUCGGGUUUUUACUCCCGAGGAGGUGUCUUGUUCUUCGCUCUCUUCUUUGGCUCAGUAUCUGCGAUGGCAGAAAUCCCCGACCUGUUCGCCCAGCGCCCUAUCGUAUUACGUCACCAUAAAGCAGCGAUGUACUACCCCUUCAUCGAGGCUCUUGCUCACACAGUGGUGGACAUCCCAAUCUCAUUCAUCAUUCAAAUCGUUUUCUGUGUCAUUCUUUACUUCAUGGUCGGCCUUCAAAAAUCCGCAUCCCAGUUCUUUGUGUUUUUCUUGUUACUCUACACCAUGACCAUUGCAAUGAAGGCGUUCUUCAGGUUGCUCGCGGCCAGUUUUAAGGCUGAGUCUGGUGCAACGUCCAUGGCUGGUAUCGCCGUACUACUUCUUUCCCUGUUCACCGGUUACACUAUUCCCCGCUUAAGUAUCCCAGGCGCCCUCAGAUGGAUAACAUAUCUUAACCCUCUUCGUUAUGGCUUCGAGGCCAUCCUGACAAACGAGUUCUACACAUUGAACGCUACUUGCACUACGCUUAUUCCCCAAGGUCCAGGAUACGAGAAUGUUUCUUUGGCGAACCAAGUUUGCACGACUGUAGGAUCACUGCCUGGUGUGACAACCGUAGACGGCAACAGAUAUGUAAAUAUGUCAUAUGGCUUCUCGUAUAGUGAUCUCUGGAAAAACUUCGGUAUCAUCGUUGCAUUUGGCAUUGGCUUCUUGGCAGCCUUGUUUAUUGCUGCGGAGUACAACACGGGCUCCACCUUUGAUACAGCGGUGACUCUCUUCAAGCAAGGGACGCGUACGAUGGAUCCCAUUGAUACCACGGAAGAUGAAGAGAAAUCCAGUGGGCAAUCUAACCAUCCACCUUCCUUGGCCGAUGAUGCCGCGCGCACUGCGAGCCCACCUGCAGCCAAUAGUCUCCUCGAAAGGCCCGCAACCAAUGAUGUAUUCACCUGGCAGCACAUUCAAUACGUCGUACCAGUAUCUGGCGGAGAACGGCGCUUGCUCGACGAUGUCUCUGGAUAUGUUGCGCCUGGCAAAUUGACGUCUCUCAUGGGUGAAUCCGGCGCCGGAAAGACGACAUUGCUCAAUGUUUUGGCUCAACGGGUCGAUGUCGGAGUUGUUGGGGGAGAACGGUUUGUCAACGGGCAGCCCCUUCCCGCAGACUUCCAGGCUCAGACAGGCUAUUGUCAACAAAUGGACACUCACCUGCCGGAAACGACUGUUCGCGAGGCUCUUUUGUUCUCAGCUCGUCUACGACAACCCGAGUCCGUCUCUUCUGCGGAACUCGAAUCAUACGUGGACAAGUGUCUUGUGAUGUGUGGCCUCGAGAAUUUUGCUGACGCUAUCGUUGGAUCACUGGGUGUUGAGCACCGCAAGCGUACUACCAUUGCGGUUGAGCUCGCGGCAAAGCCCAAGCUGCUUUUAUUCCUUGACGAGCCAACGUCCGGCCUCGAUUCCCAGUCCGCCUGGGCCAUCAUGACAUUCCUUCGUGAACUGGCAGACAAUGGACAGGCUAUUCUUUGCACAAUCCACCAACCCUCUGCCGAGCUCUUCCAGGUGUUUGACAGGCUACUACUUCUUCGCAAGGGUGGUCAGACCGUUUACUUUGGUGACAUUGGCGAUAAAUCCUCGACUUUGUUGGAGUACUUUGAGCGCAACGGAGCACCUCACUGUGAUGAGAAUGCUAAUCCUGCCGAGUACAUGCUGGACACCAUUGGAGCUGGCGCAACUGCGACCUCUUCAGUCAACUGGCACGACAUUUGGAAACGAUCUCCGGAAGCUGCUGAACUUCAAGUGCAGAUUGAUCGCAUACACGCUGAUGGUCGCGCACGCCCAUCGGUUGAGACGGAGCGUCACACUGAAUUCGCCACCUCAUGGAUUCACCAAGCUGUUAUCCUCACGAAGCGCAACUACCUAGCGUACUGGCGCAACCCGACGUACCUCGUCGCGAAGAUCAUUCUCAACAUCGCGGGUGGCUUGCUCAUUGGAUUUACGUUCUACAACUCCAAUGACACCUUGCAAGGGACGCAGAACAAGCUUUUUUCAAUUUUCCUAGCAAUGGUUCUCUGUGUUCCCAUAAUUCAGCAAAUCCAAACCGUCUACAUCAAUAUUCGUUCCAUCUAUGAAGUCCGCGAGCGUCCGAGCAGGAUGUACAGCUGGACUGCACUGGUUACGUCACAGCUCCUGGUCGAGAUUCCCUGGAAUAUCUUGGGCUCGUCGCUGUUCUUCGUCUGCUGGUACUGGGCGGUCGGUUUUGCCACCGAUCGAGCAGGCUACACUUUCCUCAUGUAUGGAGUCGUGUUCUCUCUCUAUUACACUACCAUCGCAUUCGCGGUCGGAGCCAUGGCACCCAGCGCAUUGAUCGCAUCGAUGUUGUUCAGCACGCUAUUCUCAUUCGUCGUUAUCUUUAACGGUGUCUUGCAACCCUUCCGUGCGUUGGGUUGGUGGCAAUGGAUGUACAGGGUAACCCCGUUCACGUACUUCGUCGAAGGCCUCUUGGGCCAAGCCAUUGGUAGACAGCUGAUCAAUUGCGCAUCAACUGAACUAGUUACGAUCAAUACCCCUACCGGACUCAAUUGCACGGCGUAUAUGGAUCCCUACAUAUCUUUCGCUGGUGGCUACAUGACGAACCCCAAUGCGACGACUCAAUGCCUAUACUGCCCUUACCGCACCACGGAUGAGUUCAUGUUCAGCAGUUUUAACGUCGAGUAUUCUCAUCAUUGGAGAAACGCGGGUAUUGUGCUCGGUGUCGUUGUGUUCAAUGUAUUCGCAACGUUCUGGUUCACAUACGUAUUCCGCAUCCGGACGGGCAGCAUAUUCAGUAUUUUCAAGCGACGAAAGUAGAAGAAACUAUACUAGCACUAUCGGGAGGGUUGUGCACUUACAACUGUAAUUAGUCUAAUAACGAACCUUUCUAAUGUAAUUAGAUAGAAGAUACUCUUACUUCAACCUGAGGAACCGUUUCAGUUCAA